AUGGGCGCUAAUCAGUCCUCCACUGCCGGCAGCGCAGGCCAGACGGGCAGCGUCGAAGUCAAGACCAGCUACUACGAACUACUAGACGUUACUCGUCAAGCGUCCGAUGAAGAGAUCAAGAAGGCGUACCGCCGCAAAGCUCUCGAGCUCCAUCCGGACCGCAACUAUGGCAACGUCGAGCGCGCAACAGCGCUUUUUGCUGAAGUUCAAGCCGCCUAUGAGGUCCUCUCCGACCCUCAAGAACGCGCAUGGUACGACUCGCACGAGAGCGCCAUACUGCGCGGCGGCGACACCGCUGAGUCCCACGAACCACGCCCCGAGUACCAUAACAUUCGAGUCACGACAGCGGAUGACAUCACGCGCUUGAUGGGGAAGUUCAGCAGGAAUGUGGACUUCACGGAUUCGCCUACUGGGUUCUUUGGCUUCCUCCGUGAGACAUUCGAGCAUCUGGCGAAGGAGGAGGAAGCCGCUGCUGACUGGGAAGGGUUGGAGGUUCCGGACUACCCCACCUUCGGACAUAAAGACGAUGUGUACGAGGACCUUGUCAAGACGUUCUAUGCAGUAUGGGGUGGCUUUGCGACGAAGAAGUCCUUCUCGUGGAACGAUAUCCACAGGUAUUCUGAGGCGCCCGAUCGGCGCUACAGGCGCAUGAUGGAGAAAGAAAAUAAACGUUUGCGCGACGAAGGCAUUCGGGAGUUCAAUGAUGCGGUCAGGACGUUCGUGGCAUUUGUUCGAAAGCGAGACCCGCGGUAUACCCCGAACAACCAGUCGGAGGCGGAAAGGCAGAAGAUCCUGCGGGACGCUGCUGCAGCGCAAGCGGCACGGUCAAGAGCGGCGAACGAGGCGAAGUUGCAGGAGCAUGUGCCGGAAUGGACGAAGGUGAGGGAGCCGGAUGAAUUGGAGGAGAGCGAAGAGGAGGAGUUGGAAGAGGAGCAUUACGAAUGCGUGGCUUGCCAUAAAACAUUCAAGAGCGAGCGGCAAUGGGAUGCGCAUGAGAAGAGCAAAAAGCAUCAAAAAGCUAUACAAGCGCUAAAAAGGCAGAUGCGCAAAGACAACAAAAACUUGAAUCUGGACGAAGAAAGCUUUCAGGAGGUCGACGGUACCGAUAUGACUGAAUCGUUCGAGCAGCUCGACCUGGGGGACGCCGCGAGCACAGCGGACAGUGCGCCGAACGACACCGACGUAGACAGAAAAGAUGGCAAUGCAGCACCACCAAUGGCGGAACAGGCAUCUUCCGCUCCUAAGGAUACUGGCGGAGAUGAUUUCCAUGCCGACGAUGACGAGGAUUAUGCUCCUCGCUCAAGAGUCGAAGGUCGUCUUGACCCAGCGGAGGACGAGUCGGCAGAUGCAGACGAUGCAGAUGACGCAGAAUUAGCGGCUACACCUAAGCUAGGUAAAGCAGCUCAGAAGCGCGCCAAACGCGCUGCCCAGCAAGCCGCGGCCGAAAAGGAAGAUCUCAAGUUCAAAUGUGCUGUUUGCAAUGCAGCGUUUCCCUCGAGGACGAGAUUAUUCCAGCACGUCAAGGACUUUGGGCAUGCGGCACCUGUGCCGAAAGGGAAGGGCGGCGGAAAGGGGAAGAAAAAGUGA